GGACACUUGUGUGACGUCACGUCGGUUAGCUCACUCGAGCGCAGCGUCGGUAGCGGUCGCGUCUUGCGUUGUUCUUUUUUCAAUAUUCGUUGUGCUUCCAGGGCCGCCGCAUCCCGACCUUUUCGCACCAUGAACGGCUUAGACGUGGCUCCGCAGACGUUUCUUUACGGUUGUGUGCUUGAAUCAGGAAAGGAAGUGACGUUCAAUCCCAAGGGGGAUGGCUUCGAGCAUCAGCUCGAUCUACGGAUGGCGUGUGCUGACCCGGCCACGAAAAACGAACUUCACCUGGUGGAGGUGGAAGGACACGACUCCGAGGGCCAGAAGGUGACUGCGACGCUGGUUUCGCUCAACCCCGCCACCCUGCCGAGCGUGUCUCUCGGGGGUUUCACCAUCAUUCCACCUGCAGUUUUCCGUCUGACAUCCGGUUCUGGUCCCAUCCAUAUCAGUGGGCAGCACCUCGUCUUGAUGGAGUCCGAUCAGUCCCUUGAGGAUGACGAGGAGGAUGAUAUUGAUGAUGACGAGGAGGAGGAAGAGGAACAAGAAGCUCUCAAAGCAUCAAAGAAAAGACCUGCCGCCUCUCCCGUCACCAAGUCUCAGAAAAAAAAGAAGAUGGAAUUUGAUGCGGAAGAAGAGGACGACGAUGAGGAUGAUGAGGAUGAUGAUGAGGAGGAAGAAACUCCCGCUAAGCAGGCCAAGCCCGCGAAAAAGUCCGCUCAGAACGGGAAAAGCCCAAAAGCCACCACUCCGUCCACAAAACAGGUGAAGACCCCCAAACAGAAAGCGGACAAAUCACCUAAAAACCCAGCAACACCCAAGGAAACUUUAACGCUUCCUGAGAUCCAAACAAAGAUGACUGAGGCCAUCAAGAAGGGAAUAAUGCUGCCCAAAGUCCAGGCCAAAUUUGAGAACUUUGUGAAGAAUUCUUAUAGAGUUACUGAUUCCAAGGUUAUUGCUGAGCUGUGGAAGUGGAGACAGACUGUGGCAGACGCAAAAUAAAUGUAAAGGUCUUCGGCCCCCUUCUUAUCGGCCCCUCAUCGCCAACGCGGUUUUGUUUACUUUUAAGGUUGGGCAUCUUUGAGCAAAGGAUAUUGCUACAUGCCCGUGACAUCGUCAGAGGAUGCAUCGCAGUAACAUGAUGCCGUUUCCGUCGUAAUAUUCUCGGGUUUGAAAGCUAACGUAACACGGGGAUAAGAGAGACGUUGGCACCUGUUCCAGUGAAGAUAGUUCCAAGUUCCCAAUAAAGAUAUUUGUAUAACCUCUGAA